AUGGGGGAGAAGCCCAAGGAGCUCGGUAAGGGUGGCUUCGGCCAUGCCGGCUUCCAGCGCCUCGUUGGCCUCUGCCCAAAGAAGCUAAGCCUCGUGACCAAGUACGCAGGCCGCCCCAUGAACUACUAUGCCAGUUCCAGCCGCUUGCAGCCGGAGCACAAGCUCUCCGUCAUGACGCAAAUCUGCAAGAUACUGUCGACCUUGCACCAGAACGGCUUCGUCCAUAACGACAUCAAGCUGCAGAACGUGUGUCUCAGUCUGGCCGAGUCGGGCCCCAAAGUGACCCUCAUCGACUACGGCAUCACCAUGGCAAUCGGCAAGUAUCCCAAGCUGACGAUCCAGUGGAAUGACACCUUGCCCUACGCGCCCGAGAUCUGCAGCGGCUUGACCUCUGGAGUAUGCAGCGAGAAGUCUGACGCCUACAGCAUCGGACAGCUCCUGCACAAAUUCUAUGGCAGCAAGCCCAUUCCAUCCCUCCUCAGCAGCUGGUAUGAAAAGAGCCAGUCUACGAACCCGAGCGAGCGCCGCAACCUGGCCCUGUUGGAGCAGGUCCUUGAGGAGCAGAGAGUCUUGCUCUUGAAGGAACAGAAGCUGAACUGA